CAUGUCCUCUUCUGUGGAACAGAGGUUAUCCAGGCCAAGGCAGCUCGCUCUGGGACCGUGAGAGCCGUGGUACUGCAGACUGGAUUCAACACUGCAAAGGGAGACCUUGUGAGAUCCAUUCUCUACCCCAAGCCAAUGAAUUUUAAGUUGUACAGGGAUGCCAUCAGGUUCCUCCUAUGCCUUGUAGGAACAGCCACCAUUGGGAUGAUCUAUACUCUGUGUGUCUAUGUGCUUAGCGGGGAACCUCCAGGGGAGGUGGUGAGGAAAGCCCUUGACGUCAUCACAAUUGCGGUUCCUCCUGCUCUACCUGCUGCUCUGACCACAGGCAUUAUUUAUGCCCAGAGGAGGCUGAAGAAGAGAGGCAUCUUCUGCAUUAGCCCCCAGAGGAUCAAUGUAUGUGGACAGUUAAACCUCGUCUGCUUUGACAAGACAGGCACCUUAACAAGGGAUGGCUUGGACCUCUGGGGAGUCGUGUCCUGUGAUAGGAAUGGCUUUCAGGAAGUUCACAGCUUUGCCUCGGGCCAGGCUUUGCCAUGGGGCCCACUGUAUGCGGCGAUGGCCAGCUGCCACUCUCUGAUCCUUCUUGAUGGGACCAUCCAGGGAGACCCUCUGGACCUCAAAAUGUUUGAAGCCACCACCUGGGAAAUGGCUUUUUCUGGGGACGAUUUCCACAUCAAGGGAGUGCCGGCACAUGCCAUGGUAGUUAAGCCCUGCAGAACAGCCAGCCAGGUCCCAGUGGAAGGAAUCGCCAUCCUGCAUCAGUUCCCAUUUUCAUCGGCACUGCAGAGAAUGACAGUCAUUGUCCAAGAGAUGGGAGGUGACCGACUGGCAUUCAUGAAAGGUGCACCAGAGAGGGUGGCCAGCUUUUGCCAACCUGAGACAGUACCCACUAGUUUUGUUAGCGAACUUCAGAUUUACACAACCCAGGGCUUUCGAGUCAUAGCACUGGCCUACAAGAAGCUGGAAAAUGACCACCACACUGCUACCUUGACGAGGGAGACAGUAGAAUCAGACCUGAUAUUUCUGGGGCUGCUGAUCUUGGAGAACCGAUUGAAGGAAGAGACAAAACCUGUCUUGGAAGAGCUCAUCUCAGCCCGGAUAAGGACUGUGAUGAUCACAGGUGACAAUCUUCAGACUGCAAUAACAGUGGCCAGAAAAUCUGGAAUGGUUUCUGAAAGCCAGAAGGUCAUUCUCAUUGAGGCAAAUGAAACCACCGGGUCCUCAUCAGCAUCUAUAUCUUGGACAUUAGUAGAAGAGAAGAAACACAUUACAUAUGGGAAUCAGGACAAUUACAUUAACAUCAGGGAUGAAGUCUCUGAUAAUGGCAGAGAAGGAAGUUACCAUUUUGCCCUAACUGGAAAAUCCUUUCAUGUUAUAAGUCAGCAUUUCAGCAGCCUACUGCCAAAGAUACUGAUCAAUGGGACCAUCUUUGCAAGAAUGUCUCCUGGGCAGAAGGCCAGUCUGGUGGAAGAAUUUCAGAAACUGGAUUACUUUGUAGGUAUGUGUGGUGAUGGAGCCAAUGACUGUGGGGCUCUGAAAAUGGCUCAUGUGGGCAUCUCAUUAUCAGAGCAGGAGGCAUCUGUGGCCUCACCUUUCACUUCCAAAACUCCAAACAUUGAGUGCGUACCUCACCUUAUCAGGGAAGGACGUGCAGCUCUCGUUACCUCCUUUUGCAUGUUUAAGUACAUGGCUCUGUACAGCAUGAUUCAGAGACAAACAGCCUUUCAAAUUACCAGUUUCUGUUCCAGGAUCUGGCCAUUACAACUCUUAUUGGUGUAACAAGUAAGACAUUUUAAAACUUUCUUACCAGAGGUGCUACCCUCAGCUGCCCUCCCUCUGCCUUGGAAAGAUUUGUCUACCGUGAGGAACAGCAGCUGCAACAGCAGCAAUGAUCUGGAACUUAUUCCCAAAUAUAUACACAGAGAGGAAAUAGAAUCCUCAUUUUUAAGUAUUGCAAGAAAGUAUUAGCAAAAGAAAAGCUUGCUCGUUAUUUUGCUGUUUUCUGCAAAAUGUGGAACUUCUAUAAAUGGUCACUAAACACUUAAAAUGAAAAAAGCAGCUUGAAAAUCAGGAACACUAACUCCAGAGUGCUUUUAGAUACAGUUAUAGUUAAAAUGUACCCAAUUUAUAGAAGCCAAAUGGCUUUUAUAUUUCUCAUACCUAAAUCUUAGCCUCUCAGGAUUUAGAAUGAAGCUUGAAGGUAAUCUUGCCAUUAUACCUCUCUUACCCUCCACCUUCUAAUGAAUAAAUUGUCUCCCUAAUGUCCCU